GUCAACAUAUCCUAUCUCCCUUCAUUUCCACUCUCUUCAUAAUCUUAUACCCUACACUUGCAACUCCCUCCCCUCUAACACGUUGUUGACUUUGUGUUUUUUUUUGUUCCCCUUUUCUGUACAGAGAUAAACAAGCAACCAAAAACAAACAUCAGCACUCUACAUAUCCGAAUGCAGAACGAAACAUUCAAAAAGAUUGGCAAGGAUCUUCACGGUGCGCUCUCGAUUCCGGGGAAUUUUCUGAGCAAGCAGGCUAAAAAAAUAUCUCUAACAGGAGACAAAAAAAGGAAGAACAUCGCUGCAACUGCUAGUGCUGCCGCUGACGGCACAGGUACUCAAUCAUUAUCAAAAACAUGUCAUUCGAACGCAGAGAUCAGAAUCGAAAAGUCACUAGGACUCAACGCUGGUUCAAUUUGUGAUACUGUGAGCAAAGCUGCAGGAUUAACUGCAGGCUCUAUUGGUCCUUCUAUAACUCCUACAGCAGGAGUGGAAGGAAUAUGUAGUGACAAUAACAAUAGCGGCCACAGCGGACAAUAUCUAACAGCAACACCCAACGGCCUCGGCUCCUUUACGAAGAGCUCGCAUAGUUCCGGGUCUAUCAGAACUUACCCAAAAGAGGAGCCGCCUAUCAUUCAUUGUCCACCUUCUAUCCCUUCUUUGGAUCACUUUUGUACUCAACGAAGAGCAUGGAUUCAAAAUGGGUCAACAUCUGUGACUACUGCAGAGUUGAAAAAUGUCCUCAAGUCUGGCCAAGUCUGGGACAUAAUGGACAAUAGCCGUUAUGGCAGCCAAAAUCUUGUCAAAUCUGGGUAUUAUAAUCUCAAUGAGCCCCUAGGCAUUUUGUACGUCAAGGUGAUGCAGGUGACCAACAAGGCUUCAUCCAAACUUUUUGACGUUGAAUGGAGUUUGAAAGUUGGCAAUACUGAACGAACAUCGUAUCCUUCGCGAUCAUUUAAAGACAACCCCGGGAACACUGCGACUAUGAACGAGGUCUUUUUAUUUGACGUGAAUGGACCAUUCCAACUCGAGAUGACUGUGGCAGGUAAUCCAGUACCAACCAAGCUCGGCACCAUGGCCGGUUUCUCCAAUAACCAAACUGUGACUCUUGGUCAUCUUGAUCUGUCAUUCUGCUUGGAACCCGCAGAGAAAUCAGUCCACACGUACCGACUACGCAAGCCUACAGAGGAGUUGAACAAGUCGGGGAUUAAAUCUGAUUGUGAGGUCGUAGCCAUGAUUGGACUUCAUAUCCUAGAGGAACCCGUUGAAGACCGUUCAUGGGAAACUGAGGUGUUAUAUCAGGGUUUCCUAACUCUCAUGAUACGUGGGGGUAAAAUGGCUGUAAGUUUUUAUCAUUAAGAAGAACAAAACCAUUAUGCUAAUAUUGUUAUUUCUUCAUUUGUUUUAAC